AUGUCAGAGCCUCCAAGGAAAAAAGCAAGACUCUCUAAGAGAACAAAUAAACGCAAGGAGAAAGUUGAAGAACCAAUAGACCCAAAGAAUACGUUAUACGUGAAUAAUCUAGACGAGAAGAUCAACACCAAACGUCUUAGAACCAAUUUGUUUUUGCUAUUCUCCAUAUAUGGAGAAGUAUUAAAAGUGGCUAUCUCGGCGAAGAAGCAAAGGGGACAAGCAUUCAUAACGAUGAGAACAGUAGAUGAAGCCAAUCUAGCCUUAAUUUCACUAAAUAAUGAGCCAUUCUUUGAUAAACCACUUCACAUUCAGUUUAGCAAAACAAAUUCUUAUAUCAUUUGA